AUACGUUUACUUUCAUCUUACAAGUUCAUACAAAGAAGUCGUCGGCUUCAAUGAGGGGUAAAUCAAUGUGGUUUCAAAUUUAAAGUAGCUAUUUUCUUGGCGGGUUUGGUGAAAGGAUUUGGCUCAUCAGUUAUUUAUGUGUUUAAGAAUUAUUGUUUGUUGGGGGUUUUAGUUUGUUGAUCCCCAAGCAAGCAGCUGAAAGAUUGCUGUGAUCUCCAAAUUCAAGGGAUAACGCGUUGCAGGCCAGGUGUUUGAGUUAAUGCUUUCAUUCAAUAAGUUAUGUUUUAAGCAAGAUUUUUGAGGAAUUUGUUUUAGAGAUGGGUAGGGAGAUGCUAAACCACGAGAUGGACGAAGAGGAUUUGGAGGCAGGAUCAUCCACAGGAGUUCAUCAACCUCAGACGCGUCCCUUUCCGACUCGUUAUCCUGGUCUGGUUAGACUAAAAGCAUAUAGAUUUGAUGGGUUUGGGGAUUACUGUGAUAAAGAAUGGGAUUUAGCAGAGGGUAGCGGCAAAAAGUUCUGUUGGUAUCAUGUUGAACUUCCUAAAGGGAACCAAAAACUUUCUCAAUCGGCAAAGUACCUAAUUGAUGUUCUUUGUCCACCAUUGAAGCUUCAAGGCAUUCUUUCUUUAGUUAGCAAUGGACCCUAUUGUGCUCAUGUUGAUGGGGCACUUGUAUUCAGGGUCAACUCACCUGGUCCAGCCUCUAGCAAGUUUACAUUCAGAUUGGCUGCUAGAAUUACUGAGCAUUCAGUGAUUACUGUGUCAUUAGGCCGGGUACCCAGAUUGGGUUUUUCGCCCAUGGGCCAGUCUCUUCUUACUGAAAUUCCAAGUGUCGAGAGCCCAAGUCCUAAAUUUGGUAGAGAUGAGACGAUAGAAAGGGGUGGCAUUGUGAUCAAGGAACAUGUUCUUGAUUUCUUGUUGACGAUGAAUCAUUCUGAGGAGGCUGACAAUCCUGUUCCUAAAUCUGUCUCAAAUCUUGUUGUUCAUGUUAUUGACACGCAUCUGGAUCAUCUUGAGGAUGUUGUUACUAAACUUGAGAUUGAGCUCGAUUCUGUAGAAGUUGAUUUGGAUAAAGGUGGUUUUGCUUUGAAGAAACAAUUGUUGGACGAUAGAAGAUUUCCCAAAAUGCAUCUAGAUUUGCAACGCCUCCUGCAGUCGAUUGCACACGGGGAACAAGUGUUCCCGCGAGUGAAAGAAAAGUGUUCCACCAAAGAUUGGUUUAGCAGUGAAGACAUCAAUUCACUUGAAGAGUUGAUUGGGCGACUCCGAAGACUAAAGGACAACGUUGGCUUCAUAAGCAAUCGAGUCACAGCCGUCCAGGCUGGUCUUGACAGCUGGCAGGCCGAGCAAAUCAACAGAAAACUGUACUGUCUCUCUUUCCUCUCGAUCAUAUUCCUUCCGCUAUCCAUCAUCACAGGAGUGUUUGGGAUGAACGUGGGAGGUGUCCCUUGGACUCAGCAAAGAGACCCGAAGCUGAAAAAUGGUUUCAGAAACGUUCUGUUGGUUUGUGUGGCGACAUUAGUUCUUGUGCUCUUAUGCUUCCUGUUUCCAUUCCUCUAUAGCCGAUUAACCGCGUGGAGAAGACAAAGAGCUUUGAAAAGAAGCUGGUCCAUCAACCAUAGAUCCUUCCUCAAACGAACCAUCGGAGGUGGGGAAAGGGGAGGGUACCUUCGGCUUUGAGGCCAAUCAAGCAUCGUUCGCCCUGUAAACGCCACCGCUCUUGGUGGGAUUUUUUCAUUUGGCCUUCUACAGCUUCAAUUUCAGUUAAUAACAGAAUAUUUGUGUACCUUUUUCUUGCUAUUCUUUAUUGAAUUUUUCCAAAGGUUUCUUCAUUGAU